UUUUCUGGCUCCCCAAUUUGGGGUUGGAUGCUUGAGAGCUUUGUUUCCCUUGUUUCGAGGGUGGUCCAGCUGGGUCUGAAUCGACUCUGUCGGCUCUGGCCCUCCUCCUCAUUUCCAGCCAGGAGAAAAAGAGGAGGUGGGGGGCCGAGAAAGAGAAGGCAAGAGCGAGCCGCCUGGCGCGCUGUCAGACAGGGGCGGGUGUGAGGGAAACAGCUGUCUUGCGAUCAGGAGUAUGAGCCUCUCAGAGGACCGCAUGAGCUCCGGACACUUCAGGAGUCUCCAGCUAGUGACAUGGGCGAUAUGGAUCAACUCAUAAACAACUUGGAGGUUCAACUUAAUUCAGAAGGUGGCUCAAAGCAUAUAUUCAAACAGGUCACUGGCCCUGUUAAAAUUAGAGAUUCCCUUAAGGCAGCAGACAGAGGUAAUAUGACAUCUCCACCACUCCUGGAUGCCAACCCCAUGGAGAACCCAGCACUGUUAAAUGACAUCAAGAUUGAGCCCCCAGAAGAACUUCUGGCUAAUGAUUUCAACCUGCCCCAGGUGGAACCAGUUGACCUCUCCUUUCACAAGCCAAAGUCUCCUCUUCAGCCUGCCAGUAUGCUGCAAGCUCCAAUACGUCCUCCCAAGCCACAGUCUGCUUCCCAGACACUUGUAGUAUCCACUUCAACAUCAGACACAGGCACUUCAGCAAACAUCCCUACUGUUCUGACCCCAGGCUCUAUCCUGGCCUCCUCUCAGGGCACUGGUGGUCAGCAGAUCUUACAUGUGAUUCACAGCAUCCCCUCAGUCAAUCUGCCAAAUAAGAUGGGUAGCCUGAAGGCCAUCCCAGUGAUGGUGCAGUCACUGCCCAUGGUGUAUACUACUUUGCCUGCAGAUGGGAGCCCUGCAGCCAUUACAGUCCCACUCAUUGGAGGAGAUGGCAAAAAUGCUGGAUCAGUUAAAGUUGACCCCACCUCCAUGUCUCCAUUGGAGAUCCCAAGUGACAGUGAGGAGAGUGCAAUUGAGAGUGGAUCCUCAGCCUUACAGGGUAUUCAGGUACAAGAGCCAGCAGCAAUGAGCCAAAUGCAGGGAGAAGAGUCCCUUGACUUGAAGAGAAGACGGAUUCACCAGUGUGACUUUGCGGGAUGCAGCAAAGUGUACACAAAAAGCUCUCACCUGAAAGCCCACCGAAGAAUCCAUACAGGAGAGAAGCCUUAUAAAUGCACCUGGGAUGGCUGCUCCUGGAAAUUUGCUCGCUCAGAUGAGCUAACCCGCCAUUUCCGCAAGCACACAGGCAUCAAGCCUUUCCGGUGCACAGACUGCAAUCGUAGCUUUUCUCGCUCUGACCACCUGUCUCUGCACCGCCGGCGCCAUGACACCAUGUGA